CGGUUUCGGUUUCGUGCGUGUGCGCAGUAAACAUAUGCAGCACAACAAAGCUCUCAAGUAGGAGAAGGACGAAAAAUUGAUCUUGUCAAAACUGAGCAAACCGUGCAUUUUGAAUAUGGUCGGACGAGAGACGAUCGGCAAAAAGUGAACUAUUUCGGUUUCGCAAUUAUCAGCAAGUAGUACAGAGCGGUGCGGACAACUAUGCCAGGUGCCCCGGGACUGGAGUAAAUCCGGGAAAAUGCAUAUAUGUUUCUCCAACAAUACCAACGUAGCUAGUCUAGUUCAUCGUGUCAACGUCAUCACCCUUACAUCGCAUUAUCAUCACCCGCGUUAUCACCAUGCAAUCUACAGCAGCAACAACAGCGGCAGCCGCAACCACAACGGCGGAUAUUGAUCUGAGGUACUCGAGUGCAAGUGCACUUUCCCCGCCGGAUUCAUCCUUGGAGGAUUUGGAAGAGUACGAGGAUUUGCUGGUGGGCGAGGAAGAAGAAGACCCCGGGAUGGAUGCGUCGGGGGGUGCCGUGCGGAAGCCCCAUUUUUUGGACUACGACAAUAAACCACCGGCGGGGCUGGAGAAUCAGGUGGUGUUCGUUGGGCAGCCCAGGAGAACGAACGAAAGCACGGAAGCGAUAACGAUGGUGAAUGAGGAGGAGGAGGAGAAACGGAAAGAGGCGACGGCUCCCAUUUCGCAGAGUGUUGUGCUUGAGAGUGAGAGUGCAUCCGCCGUUGCCGCAGCCGCUUGCUUAAAGGACUUUGGUCGGGGAACAUGGCCCUCGAGUGGGCCAUCGAGCAGUGCUAGAUACGGGGGGAGACAGAAUCAUUCCAUGUAUAAUGAUAUGUCGGAAAUUUGUCCAAAGAUGGAGUGCGUUUACUCGCUGCUUUCGAUGCUGGGAUCUACUAAUUCGCUUGAAAUGUCUGCCAAGUUUAUGGAACUAUCGAAGAACCGGGACACAUGCAGUGCGUUGCGCCGAUCCGGGUGCAUUCCACUGUUGGUGCAGAUAAUUCACAACGAUUCGAAUGAAAUAGCGAGGAAAAAUGCUCGGCAGGCUCUCAACAAUGUGAUUUGUUGCCAUCCGGACGAUAAAGCCGGUCGAAGGGAAGUUAAAGUUCUGAAAUUGAUCGAACAGCUGGUGGAAUACUCCGAUAUGUUGAGAGACUAUUCGGAGGAAAGUUCUCCGGAGAUUCGCGAGGCCGUUGAGGAUCUGGAGAAAUAUCCGAUCCAAUCGAUAACCACCCUGAUGAAGAUAAGCUUCGAUGAGGAACAUCGGCACGCCAUGUGUCAGCUGGGUGCGCUGCAAACCAUUUCGACACUCAUUGAAUUGGAUCACGCGGUGCACGGAGCUUGUCCGAGCGAACCCAAGUGCGUCACCAUGCGACGCUAUGCCGGGAUGAUCCUCACUAAUCUAACCUUUGGCGAUGGCAAUAACAAGUCGCUGCUAUGCUCAAACAAAAGUUUCAUGCGUGCUCUGGUGGCUCAAAUUCAGUCCAGUAGCGAUGAACUCGUGCAAGUUACUGCCUCCGUUCUGCGCAAUCUCUCCUGGCGGGCUGACAGUGUCAUAAAGCAAACUUUGAGCGAAAUCGGAACCGUCAAAAUGCUCACCCGUGCCGCCAUGGUAUGCACGAUAGAGAACACCCUCAAAGCCAUACUUUCCGCGCUGUGGAACCUCUCGAAUCACUUCCCGCCUAAUAAGGCGGAAUUUUGCGAGGUUGAGGGUGCGCUCGAGUUUCUAAUCGAUAUGCUGACCUACGAAGCACCCAGCAAAACGAUGAGCGUGAUUGAGAACGCCGGGGGGAUUCUGCGCAACAUUUCCUCGCACGUUGCCCUCCGGGAGGACUACCGGAAAAUCCUACGAAAGAAGCACUGUUUGAAGAUCCUGUUGGAGCAGCUGAAAAGUACCAGUCUCACCGUGGUUAGCAACGCCUGCGGCACGCUGGGUAACCUAUCCUGCGAUAAUUUUGUGGAUCAGAUGUUCCUACGGGAAAACGGUGCCAUUCCGAUGCUGCGAUCGCUCAUUUACAGCAAGCACAAGAUGAUAUCGAACGGGAGCAAAAUGGCGCUGAAGAAUCUCCACAAUCAACCCAUCGUGAUGAUGGGACUCUCGAGCGGUAGCUCCGUUUUGAGUCCUUCCAUGGUGAAAUCGGGAGGUUCCAUGGACGCGAAGGAACUGCCCAGCUUGAAUGUUCGCAAGAAGAAGGCGCUCGAGCAGGAGCUGGGGGAAAAAUUCCUCCCGAAGGGAUUACGCGAGGAGAAGGAGGUUUGCACCAGCCGAGGAUCGCCACCGGACGAAGAUGAUGAGGAAGAGGUGAGCCAAAGUGCGGUUCACAUUCGGCUGGUCGAGGAAGAUGAUGACGUGCAGGAGGAGGAGACUGAAAAGCCGGUUAAUUAUAGUCUGAAGGAGGAGGAGCCCUACCAGGAUUACCAGGAGACGGAUAUCGAUCAGAUCACGGAUUAUUCCAUCCGCUACGCGGAGAAUCAAUCAGAGUCGGAAGAGGAGAAGGGUGAGAACUAUCGGCGGACGAACCUAACCAAUGGAAUUCUGAUGGAGGAGGAUUCGGUAAAGUGCUACUACACGGAGGGAACGCCACAGAUCAUUUCGAGUGCAACGUCGAUGAGUGAUUUGAGGGUUCAAAUGACGACCGGUGGCGUUGGCAGUGGCGGUGGAGGUGGUGCUUCCGAGGCAAUGGCAGUUGGAUCAUACUCGAAGAUAGUGGUGCCCAAGUCGGAACCGAUACCGAUUGCUAGCAAGAAUCUACAGGUGCUGGUUGGCGGUGGAGGUGGCGACACUGGCUGCAAUACACCCGAUAAACCCUUCAACUACUGUGUCGAGGGAACGCCCGACUACAGCCGGGGUGCCUCGAUGAAUGGGUUGGAUUUGAGCGGCGGAAGGGAACCGAGCAUUCCCGGCAAACCGCCGGAAGCAGCGGAAUCCUCCAAUCAGACCGCCCCGCCCACACCGGGAGCCAACACCAAACAGGUGUCCUUUUUGAAUACCGCCGAGGAGACCCCUCUGAUGUUCUCACGGACCAGUUCGAUGGGUUCACUCUCGAGUGCCGAACCGAACUGUUGUGUGGACGAUAAGAGUUCCGUGGUGAGCGAAUUCAGUCGACUCGCUUCCGGGAUAAUCUCGCCCUCGGAACUGCCGGACUCGCCGACCCAGAGUAUGCCCCAGUCGCCGAGACGGUCCAGCAUGAUGGCCCAAGCUAGUAGGCCGGUGGUCGCCGUGAAGAAGAAUAUCACGCUAGUGGCGCCACCGCCGCCGCCGUCGGCUCCUCCAGUGCAGUCGAAGAGUGCUUUCGAGGACUCGGUUCGGAAGUUCAAUGUGGAGAACACCCCGGUGGGAUUCUCGUGUGCCACCAGUUUGAGUAAUCUUAGUUUGGAGGACAGAGAGGAUGAGGAAUCGAGGCAGGUGGUAGGGGAGCGGCCACCAAGGGGUCCCCCUGUGUUGCCCAUUCCGGAAAUCUCGGAAGCUGAGGCAGAACUGCUGCUGCUGGGAGCUGCGAAAACAAACGGAAUGGAGCCAAGAGCGGUACCGCUUCAACCCCAGGGCCAGGAAGAUUCGCUGCAAAGAUUUUGCACCGAGGAUACGCCGGCUGUUCUUUCUGAGGUAGCGAGCGAAUGUGGAUUUAGUGUUUUAUCGAUUGAUUCGAGGAAUGGGCGCGGAUCGGACGAGAGCUCGAUCCUAUCGGAUCAGAACGACGAUUUGCUGGAACAAUGUAUCAGAAGUGGGAUGCCCAAGCCGAAGAAUAUCGAUGCUGUGAACGAUGCGAUGGGUGCCGUUAGGAAAGCGAAGGGGCUUCCCUUGGUGGUGGAUGGGAAGGAGAAUCCCAUCCAUAUGAUGAGGAAUGGUGCUGCGCACCUGGUGGAACCAUUGUACGCGAAUGAUGAGUUUAGGAAGUUUUACGUGGAGGAUAGUCCGUGUGCAUUUUCGACGGUUUCGGUACUGUCGGAACUGACUGUGACAUCGGAGGCAGCGGCAAGGAAGGUUAAUAAGGUGUCGCCCCUCGCCGCAGGGGAACAUCUGGAACUGGAAGCCAAUGGUGUGGCAAAUCCGAACGAUGCAAAUGAUUCUCUGGAUUCGAUCGAUUUACCCGGUUCGAAUGAUCCCCACCAGAGUAGCUCCCUGCUGGACCAAUGCAUCGCACGCGGAAUGAAGAAGCUUACAAUCAACGAAGCAGUGGCCGCUCCCGAUGCGAACGACUCGCCGGAUUCAAUCGAUUCCGUUGAUGAUCCCCAGGCUGAUCUGUUGCUAGAGCAAUGUAUUGCGAGAGGAAUGAAAAAAAAACCCAGCGAACAAGGAUUUGAGAUGCAAACAGCAAACCAAACAGUUGGCAAUGCCAACGAUACGAUGGAUUCGAUAGACUCCGUUGAAGGGGCUGAUUUGAUGCUAGAUCAGUGCAUUGCACGAGGAAUGAAAAAGUUAACCGAAAAUCCGAGAGAACCGGAUCCCCCCAAACUGGCGGCUGGCGCUGAGCAAGAGGUGAUCUAUGCAAACCAAUCUGCUUUACAGUUGGAGAAAUCGAGCAAACAGAGGGCAACUGUUGGCGUCAGUAACGAUUCGCUAAGUUCGAUAGAUUCCGUUGAUGAUCCCCAGGCAGACCUGAUGUUGGAUCAAUGCAUUGCAAGAGGCAUGAAGAAGCUACUAACCGCUACUAACGAACCGCAACCUCCACGGGAGAAGCAGGAAGAAAUUUAUGCUAAUCAAUCGGUAUUCCAGCGCGGCGGCGCUGCGUUUGACGCUAAUGAUUCACUGGAUUCCAUCGAAUCGGUGGAGGAUCCGCAGGCUGAACUGCUGCUCGAUCAGUGCAUUGAGCGGGGAAUGAAAAAGGUGAGCGAAAAGUCUGUGCCACAAAUCAAAAAAGCUACUGAUGGAAACGAUUCGUCGAGUUCGAUUGGGUCCGAAGAUGAUCCUCAAGCGGAUUUGUUGCUUGACCAGUGCAUAGCUAGGGGUAUGAAGGGGACAAAUCAGAACCAGGCACAAAACGGUGAAGUGCAGCAGUCCAGGGACACCAAACCAGAGGAGGAUAUCUACGCAAAUCAAUCGGCAAUCCAGCAGAACAAUCGAAUGACCUCCGCUGCUGUCGAUGGAAACAACUCGCUGAGUUCAAUCGAUUCGGUGGACGAUCCUGCAGCUGAUUUGUUGCUGGAGCAGUGCAUCGCAAAGGGAAUGAAGAAAGUCACCGAGAAACCAAGCGAGCAGGCGUUUGAGUUACGAGCCGGUAUGGAUUUCAAUCAGUUAGCGGCGGAAGUUGCUAAAGCCAGAACUGCGGAUGCUAACAACGAUUCGCUAAGUUCCAUCGGUUCCAUCGACGAUCCCCAGGCCGAUUUGAUGCUGGAGGAGUGUAUCGCGAGGGGUAUGAAGAAAUUGACCGAAAAACCCGCGGAGCAAGGAUUUGAGCUGCGAGCGGGUAUGAACUUUAACCCACCCACAUUUGGCAAGCAAGAAGAUAUCUAUGCUAAUCAGUCAGCUAUCGAGCGGGAAAAGUUCCCGCAACAGGCGAUCAAUCAAAAAGCUUCCAUAGCAGCAAUCGAUGCAAACCAUUCUUUCGAUUCUUCGGACUCGAAUGAUCCCCAAGCGGAUUUCCUAUUAGAUCAAUGCAUUGCUAGGGGAAUGAAAAAGAUGACCGAAAAAUCCAGGAACCUUCCUCAGGCGUCCAACACUCCAAUGCCUACCGUCAUCAACCGUCACCUGGCGAAGCAUACAGGUUCAAACGGUCAAAUGAAGUCACGCGACAGCCAGCUCAAUCGCAAUCCACCGGCUGCAUUCCACCGGGAGCAGUACCCACUCCCAUCCAGCCAUCGAAUGAGCGCCACGGCAGUUGGCGCCAACGAUUCCAUAAGUUCCAUUGACUCGGCGGUCGAUCCACAGGCAGAUUUGUUGCUCGAACAGUGCAUUCAAAAUGGAAUGAGACGACUUGCCGAGAAGAACAAAAGGACUGAGUCGUUGCCUCGGCGAGGCAAUCGAGUGGUCUCAGCGUCCGCAACCGAUGGUAAUGAUUCGUUGAGCUCGAUAGAAUCCGUGGACGAUCCGCGAGCUGACGCACUACUGGAGCAGUGCAUCGCCAGGGGGAUGAGAAAACUAACCGAGAAGCCAAGCGGUCAAGAGUUCGAGCUGAGAGCCGGAAUGGAUUUCCAGCGAAUGGCGAUCAACGUAGCGCAAAGUCAAUCGAGUCCAAAAAACGUGGACACUACGCCUGUGGUAACGAAGGAUGUCGGUGCCACCAACGUAAUAUCAGCAGGCGUAGUAGCAGCAGUAGGCACAGCCGACGGAAGCAGCAGCUUCUCCUCCAUCAUCACGUCGGAACAGCAGCAACAACAGCAGCAAAUCUUGCAAACCAUCGCCACAGGCAUCACUCGCAGCAGCACCACCCCAACCAACAUUACCCACACCAUCAACAACCACAACCACCACACCGCAGCGCAACAUAUCAGCAACAACAUCAUCACCACUACCACCACCACCAUCGGAAGCGGCCACCGGCCGCCUCGGGCGGCUCGGGCGCCGUGUCCGAUCCUGCAAGCUUCUUCCAGCAUCACCCCGCUGGUUCAGAGUGGAUCUGAGGAUCUUCUCGAGCGGUCGAACGAGUUUCCGGCGGGGCUGAUGAUGACAUCGUCCUCUGCUGGCUGUAGCUACAACAACAACAGCAGUAGUGAGAUGCAAAUUUCCAACGAGUUCAUGGCGGAUAAGCACAGGAAUCCGGAUCUGAUGCUGCGGUCGGUCGAGCGGCUCACCCAGGAGCUGGUCUCGACGGCGGAGUAUCUGCGCACGGUUUCCUCCAGCGGGGGAACCCGGGAGGAGCACAACACCUGGGACGAUGACGUGACCAGUGCGAACGACGUGUCGUUUCCGAGCCUGAGCGUGCAGGCGCCCCGGAUCGGGCACUCGUACGAUGACGAUGAUGACGACUCGGCAACCAUCAGCGAGGAGAUCGAUUCAAAAUCUCUGGGUAUUUUGGGAGAGCAAUCUUCUCCGAAGGAGGAGCAGAAAUUUACUUCCAAAUCACCAACCUAUUAUCAGCACAACAAUAACAACAACGAGGAGCCGUGGCCGACGGACGCGAUCAACUUCCAGCUGGGAGGAGAGGUGAAGCAUCACCACUUGGUCGGUGGUAUCCAACGGUCACCCCCACACCCUUCCGGUGGGCUUUCGUUCAGUACCGUUUCCACGUUGACCAGCACCACAACGAUUGCUUUCGAGGCCACCAAAGUGGCGAAUAACUUGCAGAAUAUGGCGAUCGUCGAGAGUGCCGAUGUGGAUUUGAGCCAAAUCAAUGCCCCCUUCGGAGCGGACAGCAUCCUUAUUUCGGACUGUUCGGACACGGAGAUGACCUUCCGGAACGAGUAUUGCAAAAUUCAGCUUCCCAGCGGGUUGGUGGCGAAGAGGGCCCUGGGUCACACCUUUAACGAUAGUAUGAAUUCGUUGAAUAAUCUGGAUAGCAUUGGGCCGCCCUCGAUUAUGGAUGAGCUGAUGGAUUCGAUGAUUAGCGUGGCGAGCAUCACGUCGGAAGUGGUCGAUGUGGACAGUGGCCAUGCGGGGACGAUUUCAGCCGCUUCCGAUCAGUAUAUUUCCUCCGGGCAUUCGAGUUUAACGUUGAACAGUAGCGUAGAGAACUUGAUCAAAUUUUCUCCGGCGCUUAACAUGGGUUAUGUGACUCCCGGGGGGAACAGUACUCCGAUGAGUCCCAAGCGUGCCGAGAGACGACAGGCGAUGAAGGAUCGAUACAAGACCUACACCAUUCCAAACGCUGAACUGAUUGACUUGAACCAAAGUAUCGAGGCUACGAUGGCAAAAGAUGCUAACCACAAGGUACCGAAUUCCAGCGAUGAAUUCAAGACUCCCACGCCAAGUGUCCCGUCUACCCCUUCGCCAAAGAAAUCCUCGAAGGAACGCCGACAGGAGAACAAGUCACGAUUCGAGACCCAGGUUAUCGACACCAGCAUUCUUCCAGUGGCCAACAAUAUACCCAACGGGGAUGAAUGCCUUCGAACUCCAGUCAGCACAAUAAUCACUAGACCGGCAGCAUUCUCUCCGUUCACGCUCCAAUCUCCUGCCCCGCUGUCGCUCGAGCCAGCUCUCUCACCAGAGUUCGUAGGAAACGGUGGCGGCGGCGGCGAUGAUGAAGGAGACGAUGAUCCGGUCACGUACACGAUUCAGGAAGCACAGCGGCGGAAAUCUCUCGAACAGAAACUUCCAACCAUUUCCACGCCUCCUGCUUCGCAGAACAAAACCUCCCCACAGUCUAGUCCAAGCAAAAUGCCAUCCCCGGCCAAAGUGACCUGCAAGAUCAAUCCGGCUCCGGCUCCCCAGUCUGCACAGGUCAUCAAAGCGGUCCGGGGUGCGAAGAAACCCGCUUACGUUUCGCCUUAUCGCAAAACAGUUGUGUCCGCUCCGGCUGUCAUCUCGCGAACCCCGAUCCCGAAUCUAGCGAAGAAGGAACCGAUUGCGGCAGCGGCACCAUUGACAACGCCGAAAGUGAAAAGUCAAAUAUCUCAGCUGGAAGCCAAAGGCCGACCGCAGCCUUUCAGAGCGCGAGCUAGUAUUGAUGCCAAGAGAGCUUCGGUGGAGAUGAACGGACAUGGUUCGGUUCGGAGUAGCGUCGGUGCUGACACCCCCAAGAUACGGGAGCGACAGCAAUCGUGUGGUGCGAUUGGAGCUUCCAAGUUGAAAGGAAACCCCCCGACGGAACCAUCUCCCAUCAUCCGGCAGGGAACCUUCACCAAGGAUGAGCCAACAAAUCCGGAGGUGCCAGUGGUAACCUCUGCGCCUUCCACACCGGCGAAGAGCGCCCGCAAGCCUGGUUCCAUGAUUCCAAGCUCGGCUUCCUCGUCCCGGUUGACGUCGGUCGCGAAGUCGCGACUCUCGCUGCAGAAAAGUAUCAGUAUGGAUGCGAGUAAGACCACCCCAAGCACACCGAUGGCAGGAACGCCCACGGGCGACGGCGGUACACCCCUCUCAAGCCGGUAUCGGUUGACGUCGGCCCGCACCUCGUUGGUGGAUUACAAGAAACCAAACACCAGCGGCGGCCGGUUGAGUACUCCCAUCAGUUCGAAUUCUUCGAACGAGCAGAUCGCCAACGGUAUCACCACGCCGACCGCUCCGGGCUCGAUGAUUCCCAUGCGACGGAAGAGUGGCAUUGUGUUGCCCAAACCGCGGACCAAUCACACGAUGAAGAGCAAUACAUCGGAGGCGUUGAAGGGUCGGCUGGAUGGGGUGAGGAAUGCUUUCGCAAGGACUGCAGCGCUGAAAACCGGCGCUCGAUGAAGUGAUGAAGGAUUUCUAGGGUUGGAAAUCUCAGACUGAUAUACGGAGGAAGAGGAGUUAGCAUUGGCUGUUGAUUCACGAGGGCCGAGUUACUGACUUAAUUUAAAAGAUUUCAACGACAUUUUAGUGCAAUUCGUUCAAAUCAUCACGGUGUCACAUUUUUUUAGGUUUCGGAUACAAUGAUCGGCGAAUCAUUGCGCAAAUUUUUUGAGUAGGUAGAAUUUUGAAUUUUUCCACACCUUUGCAGAUUGCAGAAUUGCGAUGGAAACCUCCAGACAAUGAUUUUAUUUAUAUAGUUUAAUAUUUUGAUUUCAAGAUUUUUUUUUGCUCAGAAGAAAGGGCUUCCUAACUUUCUGAUAGUUCAUAAAAUUCUGAGUAACCGCCACUGCAGGAUAGACAGCAUUUAGCUUUGGUAAUUUACUCCAAACACACAACACACAAAAUCCAACCAUGUUCGUUAUUUAGAUCGUAGCGAAACACUUCAAGUGUAUAUUUCAUUAGUAGUUUUUAACAAUUAACAUGGAAAACAGACAUUGAAGAAGAGUACAUUUCCCCCAUUUCUGAAGCCGAUUGAAUUCAGGAUUGUAAUAUGAUAAAAUAAAGCUAUACCCGAAGGUGAGAAAAAAAGACUUCGCGAGAGGAAAUGUGAGGAGAGCCGUAGAUCUCUUUUUGAUUGGAUUAUGCAAACACACAAUGUCAAAAAAAUAUAAAUAAGAAAAGCUUACAAGUGCUUUUAAAACAAUUAGUAUCCAACAAAAGAUCGAUUUGUUCUAGUCUACAAACGUCUUACACAUCGACGGCUUUCGACUACGAGACGUUAGAUAUUAAGUUCCGUUUUUAAUUAAUUAUUAGAAUCAUCAGGUAAAGAAACAUACUAAAUAAGAACAACAACAACAAAGCAUAAUUGCAUUAUUGAAUUUGCUAAUCUCUUUAAUCGAAUAUGAUGCUUACUCCCACUAUCGCAGUUAUUAUAAUUAUCGCUAUCCUUAUUACUACAUUAGCUACGAAAAUUACUACUUAUUCGAUCCAGAAAUGAUACGCGAUCACAAACCAAAAUCAGUAAAUUAUUUGUUCUCAGACGACGGUAGCCAAGCAUUUUUGCGGGCAGAAAAUUGGCUUUAUCUUUGAUUCCGUGGUAUCGAUUUAACAUUUUAUUUUUUUUUUAUUUUUUUACUGUAUUAUAGUGACUUUCAACUCAUUUGGCUGGUUCGUCACUUUUACUUCCAUUUUUGGAAGAAUGUCGGGAGUGAGAAUUGAACUCGUGACCUUUAGCGUGAGAGGCAUGGAUGUUACCACUACGCCAGAUCGCCUCCUCAUUUAAUAUUUUAAUACUUGGUCAUCUCCAAUCGCUUUUGUUCCGUUUGUUUUUUCAUUUGAUUUGCAUGAAGUUUUGUUUCAUUACGGGAAUGUCGCAGGAUUAAAUUUAUAAGUGAUUUUAAUUUUUUUUAAUUUGUUUUUUUGAUAGGUUUUUUUAUCGUUUUAAAGUUGACUUUUAAACAUUCAUAUCAAACAGACAAGGUUUUUAUUGAAAAAAAAAACAAGUAACACAAAAUCAAAACAUUACACACAGAAAACAUUUUAAGAAAACGUUGAUAUUUGCGCUCUACUACGAUACAUUCAACCAAAAUGAAAAGCAUUACCACUCAUACCAAACUCCAGUUUCUAUUUUUAGAGAAAAAAGAAACAAAACAAAACAUUCAGCCGUUUCCUAAGAGAAGGAAGCAUUGAGACGUUGAAUAACAUUGAAAAUAAAUGAUGAUUACAAGUCAGCGUGUAAACGCGCUGCACAAAAUCA